AUGCUUUCCUUGAAUAGUCCAGUCUCGGUGCCAGGAAAUCCAACUCCUACGACGACAAUGGACUCGAAUAUUGCCACCAAUGGCACAAACCCGAAGCCAGUGAGUGGCGCAACCAUGACCCAUGCGUCACACGUUACGAGCAAAAACGGGCAAAAUGGCGAGACUGCGCCAAAGAAGCACCACAUCUGGCUUGUUACUGGCCCUGCCGGCUGUGGAAAGACGACUGUGGCACAGCACAUCUCACAGGCAUUGAACCUACCAUAUCUGGAGGGCGACGAGUACCACCCCAAGGCCAACAUCGACAAGAUGGCCAACGGCAUCCCUCUCACAGACGCCGACCGAUGGGAUUGGCUCACUUUGCUCCGUGAGGAGUCACUCAAGAAGCUGGCCGCUGGAGCUGAGGGCGUCGUGCUGACGUGCUCGGCACUGAAGCGCAAAUACCGUGAUGUCAUCAGAGUGGCUCCUUACUACUCGCACGAUGUUAUACUGCACUUCAUCUACCUACACGCAACCGAAGAAGUCCUGCUCGAGCGCGUCGGCGCCCGGAAGGGGCACUACAUGGGGGCCAAUAUGGUGCACAGCCAGUUUAGCAUCCUCGAGCCGCCAACCGCCGAAGAGACGGACGUGAUCAGCGUGGACGUCAGCGGCAGCCCAGAAGGUGUGCUCAAAGAUUCUCUCAGCAAGGUUCUCCAGAAGAUCGACGAGACGGCAUGA